UCCACCUGCAGCACCGACCGCCAUGGGGAAGCUGAACAUUGCACACCACAAAUCUUAUCACCCUUACCGGAGGGACAACAUCGAGCGUGUACGCAAAGAUGAAGAGGAGGCAGCAAGACAAGAGGCAGAGAAAGAGAGCAAGAUGGCGGUGGCGGAUGCUGAAGCCAGACUUGGCGUUCUACGAGAACGUGCAGGGCUAGGAGCGGCAGACGAGAAGGGGAAAGGGAAGGCGGUCGACGGGGGAACGAAUGCCCUUACUUCGGCUACUGGUACUGGAAUCGGAACUGGGAAACACAUCAACCUCUUUGAGGAUUUGGAACAGCAAGAACUCAUAAUAUCCGCACGAGCCAACAAGAAGACGACACAGUCUGAGCUCGAGAAAGGCGUACCUCUCGCGCCCAGCGCAAAGGACCUGAACCCUUGGUACGCUGACAAACGAGCCAGCAAACGGACCGAGGCAGAGAACGAAAACGAUCAGGAUGAGAAGAGGUCAGAAUGUCUAAUGCGGGAUAUGGCCUUUAAGACAAUAAACGAUCCCCUCACUGCGAUAACUCAACAACUGGCAGCCCGCUCGUCAUCGUCGAAUGACACUCGUUCCUUGCCUCCCAACAAUCGCUCAAGAAACAAACGCUUCCCACGUAAUCCGGACCCUCCCCCACCUCCUCCACCGCAACCGAAACCACUAGAUCCCACGAGCGAACGUCUUCGGCGCGAAUCAUCAGAACGGGAACGUGCGCUCGCCCUUAUCCGUAAAAAGAAACAAGAAAUGGCAGGCAACGAAACUCCGAGUACCGUGCAUGGUGGAAUGGACGGUGGUUAUGGUGAUGUAUUUAAUCGGCGAGAGGUGGAUGAGGCUCACGCGCAGAGGGACCGGUGGAGAAAGAGGCAUUGGUAG